AGUGUGCUUUUUUUCAUAAUUCCACAUCCACGCCACACAUGGGGGUACCCUCCACUUACUUUCUUCUCUUGACAAUUCUAAUAAUGAUCCCAACCUUCCCCUCACACAGUUCAAUUCUCCACUACCAAAACUAAUUCUUGACUCUUAACAAAAAUGGAUGUGCUCACAGCUCAGCCAAAUCCCACCAGCCUCCGGCGGCCAGAGGCGUUCUCCGGCUCUGGGAAAGACCAAAUACUGGGGAGGAAAGGAGGCCCCUCAUCCAGGCUCCGGCCAAAGCUCAGUAAAAGAAGACCUAUAUUGAAGGCAGUGAUCAGUAGUGGAGAUAGCAAGGCUGGAGUGGAAACAGCAGAGAAGUCUCCACAUACUGAGAAAUUAUUGCCUUCUUCUUCAAGGAGGCAGGGGAAAAUCAAUGUCAGGAUAGCCAUCAAAAUAAGGAAGAAAAUGAAGGAAAGGCUGACAGAGAAGAUAGAGGAUGGGUGGGAAUGGGUCGUUAAUGGGAUUGGCAGAGGAAUUCAGAUUCAGCUCAUAAGUGAGGAUAUUGAUCCUGAUACCAAAUCAGGAAAGACCAGUGCCGAAGCAUUUGUGAGGGGUUGGUUCCCAAAGCUAUCAGAUGAUCCAUAUGUGGUUGAGUACAGUGCUGAUUUGACCGUCCCACGGGAUUUUGGACAGCCAGGAGCAGUCCUGGUUGCAAAUCACCAUGACAAGGAGUUCUGUCUAAUGGAGAUUGUAGUUCAUGGAUUUAGUCAGGGACCAAUCUUUUUCUGGGCGGAUACAUGGAUUCACUCAAAACAAGACAAUUCCCAGAGUAGAAUUAUAUUCAAGAAUCAGGCUUAUCUGCCUUCUCAAACCCCAGCCGGCAUCAAGGCACUUCGACAAGAAGACUUGUCCAGCCUCCGUGGAACGGGGGAGGGUGAGAGGAAGAUGCAUGAAAGAAUAUAUGAUUAUGAUGUCUACAAUGAUUUGGGGAAUCCUGACAAGAGUGAGGAGUUAGCUAGGCCUGUAGCAGGCACGGAAGAGAGGCCCUAUCCUAGGCGAUGUCGAACGGGUAGACCCCCGACUGAAUCAGACCCUGAUACCGAGACUAGGAUCGAGAAGCCUCAUCCAGUUUAUGUACCACGAGAUGAAACAUUUGAGGAGAUUAAGCAGAGUACCUUUUCAGCUGGGAAGUUGAAAGCUCUGUUACACAACCUGAUUCCAUUGAUUGCUGCCACAUUGUCAAGUUCUGAUGUUCCCUUCACCACCUUCUCCGAUAUAGACAAUCUAUACAAUGAUGGCGUCCAGUUGAAAGAAGAAGAGACAGAAGGAGUCCAGAAGAACCAGUUCCUGGCCAAUGUUUUGAAUAAAAUAUUGAACAUUGGUGAAAACAUACUAAAGUAUGAUGUACCGGCAAUCAUAAAGCGAGACAGAUUUUCUUGGCUAAGGGAUAAUGAGUUUGCUCGACAGACUUUGGCCGGGGUGAACCCUGUGAAUAUUGAGCUAUUAAAGGAAUUCCCUAUCACAAGCAAAUUGGAUCCUGCAAUAUACGGUCCUCCUGAAUCUGCAAUCACCAAGGAAUUAAUAGCAAAAGAGCUUAAUGGGAUCAGUGUUGAUGAGGCACUCAAGGAGAAGAAGCUGUUCAUAAUCGAUUAUCACGACUUACUUUUGCCAUUUAUUGAUAAGAUCAACUCCUUACCCAACCGAAAAGCCUAUGCUUCCAGAACUGUACUAUACCAUUCUGAAACUGGAAGUCUCAUACCUAUCAUGAUCGAACUCUCGCUACCACCUACACCCUCCUCUCCAAGAAACAAGACCAUCCAUCGGCAUGGGCAUGAUGCUACAACCGCAUGGAUAUGGAAGCUAGCUAAAGCCCAUGUUUGUUCAAAUGAUGCAGGAGUUCAUCAACUUGUGAACCACUGGAUGAGAACUCACGCCUGUAUGGAGCCUUAUAUAAUAGCCACACACCGGCAGCUUAGCUCAAUGCACCCGGUCUAUAAACUUCUACACCCUCAUAUGAGGUACACUAUGGAAAUCAAUGCCCUGGCAAGGCAGAGUUUGAUAAGUGGGGGUGGGAUUAUAGAGGCUUGUUUCAGCCCAGAAAAGUAUGCCAUUGAGGUAAGUUCCGCUGCCUACAAGAGCCUAUGGCAGUUCGACAGGGAAGCUUUACCAGCAGAUUUACUUCAUAGGGGUAUGGCUGUUGAGGAUCCAACAGCACCUGGUGGAGUCAAACUAGUGAUUGAAGAUUAUCCCUAUGCAGCAGAUGGACUUCUCAUAUGGUCUGCCAUUAAGGAAUUAGUAGAAUCCUAUGUUGACCACUACUACUCUGAGUCUAACUCCGUCUCAGGUGACGAGGAACUUCAAGCCUGGUGGAAUGAGAUCAAGAAUGUUGGACACCAUGAAAAAAGAAAUGAGCCAUGGUGGCCUAACCUGACUACCCAAGAUGAUUUAUCAAACAUACUCACGACAAUGAUUUGGGUUGCUUCAGGUCAACAUGCAGCCAUAAACUUUGGCCAGUAUCCAUUCGGGGGAUAUCCACCUAACCGUCCUACUCUCAUGCGAAAACUAAUCCCUAGAGAAGGUGAUGGCGACUAUCAGAAACUACUUCAGAACCCUGAAUAUACUUUCUUGACCUCUUUGCCAACACAACUCCAGGCCACCAAAAUCAUGGCUGUCCAAGACACCCUGUCAACUCAUUCGCCAGAUGAAGAGUAUCUACAUCAGGUGCAUGAUAUUCACCGGCAGUUCUGUAAUGAUCCUGAAGUUCAGAAACUAUUUGACAACUUCUCUGUGAAGUUAGGGGAGAUAGAAAGGAUUAUCCACAACAGGAAUAGCAACGCACAACUGAAAAACAGAAGCGGUGCAGGAGUUCCUCCAUAUGAAUUACUUUUACCCUCCUCUUCUCCUGGUGUAACUGGUCGUGGAAUUCCAAACAGCAUCUCAAUCUGAAAGAUGAUUCAGAUCAAUAUGGAAUACCAUCAAACGAGUCUGCAUGGAGCCGCCUGAUGUAGACAUCAUUUGGGGAGAAGGAUUGGGUGAUUAACUUUAAACUUGUUGGACCUCAAAACCCAAGAUA